GCGAAAGUCGUUACUGGCCAACUGACACUGGGAAGUACCGGUUGACGCGGCGCCUGUACAAUUGAGUAAAGCCGGCAGCCAAGCCCUUGCUGGCAACUUGAAAGGCACAUCAAGUUGUGCUAUCCUCAUCCAAAGCCCACUGAGUCUAUCCUGUGACAUCAUACACUGGAAGAUGACUAGUCGGAAGAAAAGAAAAGAUAUGGAACCUGCUUGUACCUGGAGUUUAUUAUCCAGAGAGAAAGAUUACCAGGAAAUAUACAGAAAGCAUCUAAGAGAAAAAUACAUAAAGAUAGGAGUUGAUCGAUGUUAUCACCAUGGCAAGUAUAUAGAGCCACGAUUACUUCUUAUAAAAGAAUAUGGCGUAUCAGAAGAGAAACUGUGUGGAAUUCCUCAGCAAGAUCAUUUUAUUGAGAUGGAACAUGUGUUUGAUCCUGAUGAAGUGGGCUGCAGUCCAAGUCUAACUGUGGUGCUUCAGGGAGGUGCUGGUGUUGGCAAAACGGCUUUGGUGCACAAGUUCAUGUUUGACUGGGCAACAGGAGUGGUUACACCAGGCAGGUUUGACUAUCUCAUAUAUGUUAACUGUAGAGAAAUCGGCCAUAGCACUAGCCUAAGUGCUGCUGACUUGAUCACCAGUGCUUUUAAAGACAGAAGCGGACCCAUCCUGGACAUUCUUCUUGAAUAUCCAGAGAAGAUUCUGUUUAUUCUUGAUGGAUUUCCUGAACUGCAGUACCCCGGGUGUGACCAAGAAAAGGAUCUUAGCCCUAACCCCUUUGAGAAGAAGCCAGUAGAGACCCUCCUGUGUAGUUUUGUAGGGAAAAAGCUAUUUCCUGAAUCUUCUCUGCUGAUAACUGCUCGGCUCCCAGCAGUGAAAAAGCUCCAGUCACUGUUGAAACAACCUAUUGAGGCAGAGAUUCUAUGGUUUAGAGAUACUGAAAAGAGAGCAUAUUUCUCAAGUCAGCUUUCAAGUGCUGAUACAGCAAUGGAAGUCUUUGAUGGUUUGCAAGAAAAUGAAGACCUUGACAUUGUGUCUUCUCUUCCCAUUGUCUCCUGGAUGUUAUGCAGUGUCCUGAAGUCACAGGGAGAUGAUAAUAUGACUACUUUGAGGUCCCUUCAGACCAUGACUGAUGUGUAUCUGCUCUACUUUUCUAAGUACUUUGAAACCCUCACAGGCGUCUCAGUGUGGAAGGGACAAAGUUGGAUGUGGGGCCUUUGCUCUUUGGCUGCAGAGGGACUGCAGAAGCGUCAGGUUCUAUUUUCAGUCAGUGAUCUCAGGAGACAUGGGAUCAGAGUGAAUGAGACCAACUGUGCUUUUCUUGAUCAGUUUUUUGAAAAAGCUGAAGGUGGCGCCGACGUCUACACUUUCCUUCACUUUAGUUUCCAAGAGUUCUUGACUGCUGUGUUCUAUGCCCUGAAGAAUGACAGUGGCUGGGUGUUUUCUGAUCAAAUGGGGGAAAUAUGGCAAGAAAUAUUUCAACAAUAUGGAAAAGGCUUUUCAUCACUAGUGAUACAGUUCUUAUUUGGCCUCUUACGUAAAGGAAAACAAAAAGCUGUAGAAAUGACUUUUGGAAGAAAAAUCUCUCCAGGCCUUCAAGGAGAGUUACAGAGGUGGACUGAGAGAGAAAUAAAGGAUAAAUCUUCUAGGUUACAGACUGAAGCAGUGGACUUGUUUCAUUGCUUGUAUGAGAUGCACGAAGAAGAAUUUGCAAGAAGAAUAAUUGAUCAUUUGCAGUUGGUUGUACUCCUGCAACCUACCUAUACCAAAAUGGACAUGCUAGCCAUGUCAUUUUGUGUCCAAAGCAGUUACAGUCACCUGUCAGUAUCUCUGAAGUGUCAGCAUUUACUUGGAUUUGAGAAGGAACAGCCAGCCCCAGGAUUCAUGUCACCAGCAUUAUCAUCUAAUGAGUCCUUCCAGAUGCACAAUGUGCCAGUGUCUCAGCUGCACUUGUUCUGUCAGGCACUGCGCAGUUCCUACUGUAAAAUCAAAGACCUGAAACUGAUUUUUUGCCACCUCACAGCUUCUUGUGGCAGGGAUCUCUCCUCAGUAUUUGAAACCAACCAAUAUCUCACAGAGUUAGAAUUUGUAAAAAGUACCCUGGAAGAUUCAGGAAUGAAGUUUCUAUGUGAAGGAUUAAAACGCCCAAGCUGUACAUUGCAGUCAUUGAGGUUGUACCGCUGCCUUAUCUCUCCGGCUUCUUGUGGGGUGCUGUCUUCUAUUUUUAGCACCAACCAGUGGCUCACUAAGCUCGAGUUUUAUGAAACCAAACUGGAAGUUACAGCUUUGCAGUUGCUCUGCGAAGGCUUAAACGAUCUAAAUUGCAAGUUACAGAAGCUCAAGUUGUGUGCCAGCCUUUCCCCAGGAAGCUCAGAGGCCAUUUGCAAGUCUCUUGCCUCUGUUCUCAUUUUCAACCCAUACCUUAUGGAGUUGGAUCUGAGUGAAAACCCCCUGGGGGACAAAGGGGUGAAGUAUCUUUGUGAAGGUCUCAGACAUUCCAGCUGUAAAGUGGAGAAGCUAGACUUGAGCAAUUGCCAUCUCACAGAUGCUAGCUGUGUGGAGCUCUCUUCAUUUUUGCAAGUGAGUCAGACUUUAAAAGAACUGUUUGUGUUUGGCAAUGUCCUGGGGGACACGGGCGUCCAUCAUCUUUGUGAAGGUCUGCUGCAUGCAAAAGAUACCACUGAGAAUCUUGUGCUUUCUGAAUGUUCCCUCUCUGCAGCUUGUUGUGAGCCUCUUGCACAAGUCCUCAGCUCUACCCGGAGCCUGACAAAGCUGCUGCUAAUUAAUAAUAAAAUUGGAGAUUUGGGACUGAAGUUGUUAUGUGAAGGAUUAAAACAGCCUGACUGUCAGUUAAAGGAUCUGUCGUUGUGGACCUGUAAUCUGACGGGAGUGUGUUGUCAGGAUUUGUGCGAUGCACUCUCUACCAAUGAGCACCUAAGAGACCUUGAUCUCAGUGAUAAUGCUUUAGGUGAUGAGGGCAUGCAGGUCCUGUGUGAAGGACUGAAACACCCCUGCUGUAAACUACAGAUUUUAUGGUUGGGAGAAUGUCAUCUCACAGACACAUGCAGUGCUGCUCUUGCCUCUGUCCUCAACAGAAAUGUGAGGCUCACAUUACUAGACUUAAGUGGAAAUUAUUUCAACGAUUUGGGAGUGCAAAUGCUGUUUGAUGCACUGUCUCAUCCAAUGUGUAAACUUGAGACGUUCUACAUUGACACCGAUCAUUUACAUGAAGAUACAUUUAGAAAGAUGGAAGCUUUAAAAAUGACUAAGCCUGAACUCAAAUGGUAGUUUUCAAGGAGAGUGCCUGAAUGGACUGCCUAUGGACCCUCUCCAUCUUGUAUCAUCUUUAAAUUCUGUACGGUAUUAUUUUUCCAAAUCUGUUAACCUUUGCAGAGGAUAAUAGUGUGAAAUAAGCAGCAGUGAUUGCUUUCCUACAUAAAUCUAUCCAGUAGGUAGGCUGUAUCAAGUAGAAAUGCCUUAAUUUAAAUCUUUUUAGUAAUAUUUUACUUAUAUAGUAUUUUGUUUACUGUGCUGUCAUAGAAGCCUUCUAAGCUUGGAAGAUGAUAUUCAGGGAAGUUGUAACUAGCUCUAGGUCACACAGCUCCUUAGUGGAAGAGUUGAAACUGGAAUCCAGCCAGGUCUUCUAAUACCCAGACUAUAAAGAGAAAUAACAGAAUCAGCCCCCCCACCCCCAAAUAAGUCCACUUGAAUAAAGUACUUGAAAGGCUAAGAGAUUAUACAUGUACAUGUUCUAUCGUAUUGUGCUGAUUUAACUAAAUUUGUAAUUCAUGAAUGAGAGGAAAAGGAAAGACUUCAUGAAGGAGGUGGUACUUGAUGUGACCGUGAAGAAUGAAUUGGAUCAAGAUCAGUGAAGAUAUAAUGGCCAAUGGUGGGCUGUGGAUAAGGCUCAGUGUAGAGUACUUGCCUAGCAUGUGUGAGGCCCAAGAUUUGAUCCCCAGCACACACACAAAAUACAAUGGCCAGUAGCUUUGAGACUACAGGGUUAUAGGGAUGUGUUUGUGAGCAGCUCUCAGAAAGAGUGAACAGAGAGAAAUAGUUGCAUUAUAAGUUUAUGGACCACCACAGUACACUCCAGAUUCCUUAAGAGUGCUUUCUAGUUCCACAUUUCAACAACCUUCCUGAACUUUUAAUUCCUCCCAAGUGUGAUUAUAUUUGGUACAUAGGUUCCCAAGAGUGACUCACUUGUCAUUCCUGACAGUACUUUGCUUAGCCAAUACCAAUAUGUAUAACCCCGUUUCUAUUUCUAACUAGUUUCUACAAAAUAACAGAUGGGAAAAAUGGAGGAAAGCCUGCUGUACAAGGAAAAUAGCAUAAAGUCAGAUAAAUAAGAGGAAAUGUGGUAACAGAAAGUAGGCUGACCUUAUUUAAAGUAUAGAGUUGGAUCUGAAAGCUAUUUAACUAGCUCUGUGACCAUGUUCAAGUCAUUUGAACUUGUAGAGCCUCAGGUUUGUUAUUAGAUCUAUAAAAUGGGAGAAAUUGACAUUAACCUUACAAGAUUCUUCUGCCACAUGCUGCCUGUUCUUCAGUAGUCUACAGCCUUUUGUUUGUUUUUUGAGACAGGGUCUCCCUGUAGCCCCAGUUGGCUUGGAACUUAUAGACCAGAUUGGCCCAAGUCUCAGAGUGUCUCUGCCUCUGCCUCUGGAGUUCUGGGAUUAAAGGCAUGUGCCACCAAACCCAUCUAUUUUACAGUCUUGGACCUCCUAGAUUUUCUUCCUGUUCUGUAGGCAUUGUUAACUGUGCAUUUGAACUCAGUGAACACACGAAGUAGUAAAUCUAGUCGGGAAGUUAAACCAGAUAAGAGAUUAUAGAAGAGCCCUUAUCCUUGUCCUUACCCAUCGUUGUACAUCAUUCCUUAUUGCCCUCAGGAAUAGGUAAGACCAGGUCUGUACUAAGAACAGGGUAGAUAGUUUGUGUCCAACUUUCUCUAAUUCUUCCUUCCUUUUAGUCACACAUUUAUUGUUCUUUAUAUUAAUAGGUUUUGUGUUGUUGUGUUUUAUGAAGAUGGAAUUUAUGCUUUCCUGAGCCCCUCUUCCACCAUGUUGUAUAACUACUGUCAUCCCGCUUGUGAGCAAAAGUCUGAUAAAAUCAGUUACUUUAAGUACUCAAAGAUCUCAGUAUAGUGACACAUGCCUACAGUUUCAGAAGGAAAAGGCAAGAGUAUUAGGAAUUCCAGGCUAGCUUAGGUUACAUGAAAAACCCUGUCUUAGAAAAAAACAUACUCAAAGAUUUAAAGUUAAGUGAAAAUUGCAAAACUGUAUGUGUGUAUGUCCAGUUUGUGAACAAAACUCUGUAUAGCAUGUGUAUGUAUGUUUUCAGAAAAAUUCAUGGAAAGAUAUGUACAAGAAACUGCUAACAGUGAUUGCCUCUGGUUAGGGGAAUUUGAGCAUUAUAGCAGUAGAGAGAACUUUUCUUUGGUAGUACUCUGUUCUACUGGAAGUUUUCUACCAUGUUUAUAUGACUUUUAUAAUAAAUAGACUUGAU